GAUAGGAACACACGCACAGACACACACACACGCGCACACACACACACACACACACACACACACACACACACACACACACACACGCAGACACAUCGAGAGAGAGAGAGAGAGCGAGCGAGCGAGCGAGAGAGAGAGAGAGAGAGAGAGAGGGGAAUGUGAGUUGGGUGAAUAUCAGGCAGUGGAGUAGAGCGCGGCAUGAGCUGAAGAGUGAUUCCGCUCCCCCAAAAAGUGGGGAAGAUGUUGAUCGUCAUAACAAAAUCGUUGAGAUCCAGAAGAGCAAAGUGUGGAGGAGCGUGAGAUGGACACGUUUCGUUCGGUCGGUUAUGGACUCAGUGAAGAUGGAAUGUUGUGGUUCGGAUGCUGGCCGUCAAAGGGAAAGCAUACGGGGACAAUAGCAGCACAUUGUCAUAGGCUGCUGCUGUGAUGCAUGUAGAAGCAGCAGAACGGGAAAGCCGAACGAAGACCACUCCCGAAGAACGCACGUCUCGCCCGUCCGCUGACGUUUGUCCACCGCAUACGUUUCGUUUUUCGUUGUAUGGAUGCAUGCAGAAGAAGGGGAAAAGCAGGAGGAAGGAGAUCGCUUGUCCCGAAAUCACACGCACCCGUUCCCGAACGCUGGCGUUCUUUGUCCACCGUGUACGUUUCUUCUUCUUUAUCAGAUUGAUCGCGAUGAACUGACGGUCAUGAAGCGCGUGGCAAUCACGUUGUUGGUCUCACUGGCUAUGCUAGCUAGCUAUGCCCGAGAUGCGAGUGCCUUGCAUCACAUUUUAACCUACGAAGGAAGGCAAAACAGUUUAGGAUGCGAAUGAUUGGUCGACCGCAUUUGGACGAUAGGUUUGACCGGGUGGGGUUUCAUCUUCUCGUCUUUCCGUCGGACAGUCUGGUGCUUUUUGUUACUUAAGAACCCGGCUUUGAAAACGAGGCCUCUUGGGCGCACUGCUUGCACCAGGACUAGCUCAAAGUUACGAUGUCGAGUUUGACUCAGCCGCGGCGAUUGCUCCCUCACAGUUCGCCCCGUGCUGGCCGGACAUCCUUUCUCGCUCUCUGCUCGUUCUCUCUGUGACUGAGGUCCUCAUGAAGGGCUGUCAGUCGUUGGUCAGCGUGCGUGCGUGCGUUUUCUGCGGGAUCGAAGUGGCUUGUGAUCCUUUCGUACGGCGGAGCCAAUGUCCGCGUGAUAGACAGACAGACGGACAUGUCCCCCUAGCUAGUAAUUUCGUAGAUACGCCCUUUCGUCCAGUCACCUCCCCUCCCCUCUCCUUCCCUGCCCUCCAGUCUGCCUCCAUAUUCUCGUGCUUAGUAACACACCGCGACGAAGCUCUCUCGCUAAAGCGCGCGUAAGGCAGGGAUUUUAUCUCUGAGGUGGCGUGCCAUUCACAGGACGGUGCCCGGCAGCCAGUUCAUUAAGUCAAUCGCAAUUGAUGUAAGAGGAGAGAGUGACGUGACGCUCCGAACGACGCCAUCCUGAGGCGUAGCGUCGGCUCGGCUCGAGUAUUAUGGAGACGGUGGUUAAAUCCACGGCGAUCGAAUCGUGUUUUCCAGCGGCAGAGCAUUUCCGUUGCGCCUUUCAAGCUAGCUAUCACGCUAAGCGUGCUUCGGAAAUGGGAACCGGACCGUUGACGGAGUUGCCUUGCCUAGAAGGGUCAGCGAAUAGCUGGGGGCAGAGCGAGCCUGUGGUGGCGCCGGCUGAUCGCAGCGAUGCCAAUAGGUGCAAGAGGACGGACGGAAAGAAAUGGCGCUGCACAAAGGAGGUGGUUCCCGAGCAGAAGUAUUGCGAGAGGCACAUGCACAGAGGACGUCACAGAACCCGCAAGCUGCAGGAGGGUCAGUCUCCUGGUAUGGCGGCUUGCAUAGCCGCGGCUAAUGGCGUCUCUAGAAUCGACUCCGCUUGGCAGAGCGAGCAGUACCGUUCGCUAGCCGCGGCGUGCGGUGCUGGCACCUUUGGAGCUGUGGCGGCGGCGGCCGCCGCCGCCAAAGGAGGGGAACGUGUCACUGCCUCGUUGUCCGGCGCGUCUAUUAGUGACAGGAUUCCUCUAGCAUUCUCACAAGGUCUCAUUUGCGGCAUGCAUAGCGGCCUUUGGGAUCCCGUCAGUUCCGGCCGCAAGUUUGGACCCGCGUCCUCGCUACAAGGGUUGAAUGGCGUGCAUAAGGACCCAAGAUUGUUCGACCGUGCGGACCUUUAUUGGUCGCAAGACAAGCCGUGUGGUGUGACGAGUUCAAUGAACCCAUUUCUGCCGCACGACCUCCUGGCGAACUUGAACAAGAACGCGUUGUCGACGGCGAGCCUGCAGUCGCUUCCUCAGGCCACGACAGCCAACGCCUUACGUAACCUGGUCGGGAAGGUGCCGCUGUCGGGCGGGGGCAACGGGCAUGCCGGCGCCUACGCGGCCUCGAUCAUUCCGUACGACAACCAGCUCCGAGCGCUACUCACUCAGCAGCAGCCCAUAAUCCGCGCCUCUUCCGCGUCCGCCGUGGCCGCGAGCAUGGGUAUGGGAGGGGGGUGCAAUGCGAACGGAUCGUCGACGGUGGGCGGUGUCUCCGCCACUCAGGGGACGAUGAGCAUCGACAUUGGGAAGGAUUCAGGUGCGGGAAACGUGGAGGUCCGUAGCUUCAUCGACACGUGGCCGGUGCGCUGGGCACGUAACGAUGUGUCGUCGGCUUCGGCAGACGACGCUCGACUCCAAGUCGGGCGUGGAACCAGCUCUCUCUCUAUGUCGAUCCCUUCGCCCGCGGCGGCGGAACUAGCGGCCAGGGCUCUCUCGCCGACCGGAGGAAAGCUCUCUCCUCCGAGAAUCGCUAGCCAUAAGUCCGACGAGGUGGACAUGAACAGAGAUCCUACCCACAUGGGACUCGGCGUUGGAAUCAGCCUCGAGCGCGAGGAGGUCGAUCAGCGGAGUCAUCACCACGCUCACCACCACCACCAUCAUCAUCAUCAGCAAGCAGCGGGAACAAGCGCGCCGCCCGAUGCACAGGGCCUGGCUUGGACAAUGUCAGCAUCCGGCUGGGACGUGGGCGGCCCUCUCGGUGAGGUUCUCCAUACCACCACCCCUCGAGGGUCGUCGACAACGUCCGCUGCCAGCGAUAGUACCAAAGCAGAUAGCCCCGGAGGGACCCAGCAGGGCUUCAACUUGCUGGGGGAUGGCUUCGGCCAAAGCCUACGGGUCGCCGGUACGGCAGGCAUGUCAGGUGGAGGUGAGCUCUCCUCUCUCGGGGGCUCAUCGAUGAACGCCGUCUCUGUGUCGCCUGCUGGGGGACUUGGUGUGGAUUGCUCACCACGCGAUGGGUCAACUGGGCGCAUGGAAGCGUUCCCCCGGGCAACAUUGCGCAAGUCGGGGAACUUCGUCUCUCUCGCGGAGAGCAGCAGCGGGGAGUCCGGCCAUGGCAGAGGCGACGGAGGCGGGGAUGGAAGCGAACUUGGGGGGUGCGUGCGUGCAGGGGGGGGKGGGAACGUGGGCAGCGCCACGGGAGGAGCGACCGCCGGAACUGUGAACGGCGGACCCGGCGCUGCCUCCACAGAAGGUACUGGCGCUGGUGCUGGCAGCAUUCUGGUAGAGGGUGGCGGUCUCGACUUUGUUAGCAAUUUGGGUAUAUCCUCGCGGACUCUGUCGCUCAGUGCUUCAGGAACAAUGGAGUCUGCAUGUGGCUCUGGACACGCAUCAGAGAACUACGGAGUCGCCUUCCCUCACUGCGAUGGGGACGUCCGGCACUUGAGUAUUGACUGGUCACUGUGAAUAACGACGGCGUGUUGUGCUGUGGACGUACUUAAGUGCACGUCGAAGUCGAUGCGAACAACGGAAGAUUGGACUGCAAGCACGGAGGCAUGAAGGUCGAGGGCGUGUUUGAGGUGGAGGGAGUUGAGGUGAUCAUGUUGAGGGGUGGCAAAGUUUUCAAUGUCUCCCCUGGAUGCUUUUGCUCAUGAAAGGCUUUUGCUGAGCCUACCGAUAUCGAUUUUGAACGGCCUGUCGAACGAGUUGUUUUCCCGUUAGUCGGUGCCCUUUAGUUCGUCUAUUUGGAGAGAGAGAGAGAGAGAGAGAGAGAGAGAUGGGUGGUUCGGUUGUUGAACGGGAGAAUUCUAACGCGAGAGGGCGCGGGGGGGCAGAGAAGUUGAAUAUUCUAAUCGAGAGCUACUUGCAUUCGUGAUAAAAUAGAAGAAGAGUGGGUGCUUUGGUACUUUCGCACGAAGUCGACAAAAUGUAUGGCGUUAGUAGAAUUCGGGGUUUGAGGACGCCUGAGCUCCACCCAGCAGUUAGGGCCAGGCGGAACGACAUGCUGCGACCCUGAAUGGCGAAGUCGACUCAGGGUGUCGAGUCGCGGUUUUCUGUGCACGGUGACGAUCGCUUACCAUAGCGGGCAAGCCUGUUUUCAACAGGUUUCGAAGACUGCAGGGCACUUUGUCCUUCUCUACAUCACUAAGCGGUGUUCAGGUCUCUCCAUUAUUGUGGACUCGGCGGUCGACCUUCGCCAACACGUGGGAGAACUCCAGGUAGAGUAGAAACGCCAUGAGACGGACAGCCGGUGGGGGGGGUGCUUGUGCUCGAUGUCGGAGAGUGGCAAAAAAACAGAGAGAGAGAGAGAGAGAGAGAGAGAGAGAGAGAGAGAGAGAGGGAGGUACAGAGAUGGUUUUUUUCGUCUGAAGGCCCGGUACACCAGGGGUUCAUUUGAUCUGCGACGAGGACAUGGUCGACAGAGGAAUAACAGACCAGGACUCUGUUCUACGUCGAUGUCCAAACUCCGACCCUAGUAGAGGUAGGAGAUCAGUGUGAAAUGAGAUGGUUACGCUUUUUGCACUUUCCCGUACUGUCCUUGGCCCGCCGCGAGAGCCGGCCAACAGCUUAGUCAUAUAUGCUUCUGCAGCUCCUUCUGGAACACGGUGGUAAUGCGUAGUGAUUGUAGUGCCUUCGUCGUUGCGGAUUGGAGGUACGCAAAUCGUUGUUUUUGUAUUGGAACUGGCGCGGUCUGUCCCUGCACGCCUUUGGUUGCCGAAAAACAAUGGCAAUCUCGUAUGUGAACGCUCUUACAGACAUGGCGAGAGAUACAGAGCGCGCGCGCGCGUCACAGAGAGAGAGACACACACCACACAAGAGAGAGAGAGAGAGAGAGAGAGAGAGAGAGAGAGAGGGAGUGAGUAAUAGAGUGGCACUCUCAAAUGUGAACACUCUUAGGCGCAUGGCGAGAGUUACAGAGCGGGCGCGCGCAUGAAAGAAAUAGACAAAUAGGGAGAGAGAGAGAGAGAGAGAGAGAGAGAGAGAGAUUGGCGGGGUGAAGAGGAAGAGAGUGACCGAUGCACGGUGUUGGUUGGAGAGAGGAAGCUCAUCGAGGAGGGAUGAAUGUGUGUUGCGGCCGCUGCAACAGAAGUUGUUCUGCAGAGAAGAAGCCAGCGUGAGAGUAUCGAUUGCCGUGACUCGAUCAAUCAUUCAAAUGUUGUUCAUGUUGUCCUUGGGCUGACUUGUGGUGUAUUGUUUUCGUAUAUUUUUUCAUUCUCGAGUGCUGUCGCUCGAGUUUGGCCUUGACAUGAGGAUUUCUCGUUGCGAGCGAGAAUGUGACGGCACUCAGGUGGCUGCGUGUCUUGCUUGUCAACGAUAUAGCCCUCUUUUUUUGGACUCUGCCUCCCUUCCUCUCCCUCCCCGUCUCUCAUCUCCUGUUCCUCUUCCAACGAGUCACAAUAGCAGCAGGGACCUGAACUACUCAUUCACUUCGGAAUCUUGUCCAUGCAUGCUCCAGCGGAUCCACAGAGAUACCCAAUCCUCGCAUGAGCUGCUCAUCUCCAUUGAUUCGUAAGAAUUUAGAUGCGGUCAUCACGUGGAUGCAGACGUAGUCGCCCUGAGCUACUCAAUUCGAUUGAUUACUAAGCAGUUAGACGGGGUCAUCACGUGGAUGCAGACCUGGUCGGUUCACCAUGUCGGCCGUAUUUCAGAACGGGCACUGCAUCAGUGUCGCUAUGCACUUCUAUUGCUCGAGACGGGUCUUCUCUCGGUUUUGACUUCUUGUUUGUUCCCAAAGUAUACUACUCCAUCCCUGUGUGUGCCUGUGGGGGCGUAUGACUUGUGGAAUGCGGACAAAUUGAGUUUCUGCCCUUGCAUCUUGACUGACAGUGCCCCGUUGUCUGUGAUCUGAGCUCGUCUGACGGUGACCCGUUUUCUGUGGUCUGCGUUCUACCACGC